AGUUCAUUGAGUGUUAUCGAAUUUGUAUUUCGAAUGAUUCGAUAGCAUAAUAUAAUAAAGUGGCAAUUUUAUGAAAAUCUCAAUGCUGGCACAAAUAUAUCAGAGUUUAAAAAAAGUACGACUCGUAUUUGUGAAGCGCAAAAUGGAAUAUGUUAAAAAUAAAGCCAGGUAUUCACGGGCUGAUCUUUUAGCACUGCGAUAUGAAGCAAGUGCACAACAGCGCCCAAAUUGUGCAAAUAAAUUGGAGCUGCAAACUUUAAAUUUUUGGAAAAUAGUUGGACUUCCCACAUCGGCGAAUGUAAAUAGCAGCAGUAACAAUACCUGCUACGUGAAUAAAUCUGGAAUUUCGCCGGAUAGGGAUAGAGAAAGUAUCAAUCUAACCAGUUCCACAAAUGUGCUGAGUUCCAGACGAGCGCUGCGUAAUAGAGAACGAGCUCACAACUACUAUCAACGUUUUAGCUCGAGCGAACAACAAAUUGAAGACAGUCAGGGUCAGUCCCAGAUAGCAGUAAUCCCGGGUAGUGUCAGUAGUAAUAUAUCAUCGUAUAAAACAACGGCCCAUAUAGAUCAACGUAGCAUUUCUUCUUCGCAUUUAAUGCCAGCUUUUGCUAAGCGACGAUUCGUAACUGUAUCUGGAGGAGGAGCCUGUAACGAGGCGUCAAAUGAACCCCAGCAGGUCAAAGUAAAUGCAUCAUUAAUGAUCUAUACAGAUCGAUCAUUAAAUCCUAAAGAUGUCAAUGCUGAUAUAAAAGCCCAGCUGCGCCAUCAUAAUAAUUCAUUAGGAUCAGGUUCACCGGUUGAAUGGGAACGUACUGAAAAUCAGUCAAACAGUCAACGAUGUCAUGAUAAAUCGUUAACGCUGUCACCGACAUUUCAAUCGCUACGUCAACAGGGAACGGGUAUAAGUACUCAGGAAAGGCGUAUUGGAAGUGGGAGACUUUUGCCACGAAAUGAUAAUUGGGAAUUUAAAACCAGGAGACUGAUGCGUCUAAAAGUAAUCUUGAUAAUGAGCAAGUUCAGAAUGGAAGUAUUUCGAGUCAACAUCGCGCAUUUAGCUGCAAAGCUAAUGAUAAAUCAAACGAUAAUCUCUCCGAUCGUGAUCGACGUCGAGAGGAUAGCAAAAAGAAUGCAGUUAGUACACGGCGCGUCUUUAACAAAGAUAAAUUUAACUUCAUGGAGUCAGCAAAUCAAUCAAUCAAUCGAGGGAGGAGAGGCACUAAUAACUUGUACCAUCAAACAUGAUGCCUAUGAACCUGAAUGGUUUAGUGCUGGUCCAACUUCACAACAUGAAACAAUUGAUUUGCAUGGAUUUGAGGAUAUCGAAAGUGAGGAACGACCGUCAAAAACGGAUGCAGCUCUGAAGGAUCCUAAUGAAACAUCAAAUAAGCAAAUUGUUAUUGAAACAACUGCAACAAUUGGAUCAAGAAGCAGUAGCGUUGGCAGCUUAAUUCAAAUUGAAUCGAGUAAUUAUGACAUAAUGGAUUCGAAUGCAACGGCUGUAUUAGGCGAUCCACAGAAUAAGCACCACAAUCAAAUUUGUAAAGCGGAUGUUGAGUUCAAUUUCGAUGCCUUUCUUAGCAUGGAUCCCAUGGAUCAUUCUCUUAUGAGAAAGGAAGGAGAAGUACAUAGGCAAAUUACAGAAACUUCACGAUUUAGCCGAUGGUUUUCACCCAAUGAACCAGCAAGUAAUAAUGAAAUUACACUUUCUUCUACAUUAGAAACACAAGAAAUACCCAGUGUGAAGGAUUUAGAAGCGCAAAUGAAAAAAGUAGAUUUACGUGCUGAGUAUUUGAACGUAAACUCCUUAACAAACAGCCUGAAGCCAAUACCCACCACAGAGCAUUCUGAUGAUAAAUCUUUACCAAGAGAUACUGAAGCCUUUAAAAGACUAUUGCAACAACUAGGAUCCCAAACUAGUGGUCAUCCAGUGGCAGAUUCCUACCUGAUAAAUGUAGCAGCUGUACGCGGCGGUCCUAUUGCUAAUGCUCAAGAUCUGUAUAAGCCCAUUGCUCAAAUUAAAAACACGAAAUACUGUCAUAUCAACAACAGCGCAUUGUUAAAAAUGACUCAAAUUUACCACAUGGACAUAAUAAUGACUCAAUGCAGUUGCCACAAAAUAUUCUGCAAACUCCAGUUAUGCCGAGUCCUCUUGAUGCUAUCUUACCUGGACCUGAACAUAGUUCUUUACCCUUGCAAACGCAAAAACGCGUCGAUGUUCAACACCUUCUUCAAAGACAGCAAACUGGUUGUCAACAAAGAUGUUAAUCGAGUUGUAAUUGUGCUGUAUAAGCCGAGCCACUUCUGCGGCCUUGCCAAUGGCAAAGACUUCUGCCUGGAAGAUGCUGCAAAAUACAACAGCUCAGUCCAGGAGAUGAUUGCAACGGUUCUGUUUGAAUGUACUAAUUCCGGACGGUUUGUUGCUCAACAAAAAUCUUUAAAUUUGCAUAAUGAUGCAAGUCCUACGAAUGUUGUCAAGAAUUAUCCGUUGUUGAAUAGAAAUCAUGGUGCUCUCGUUUCCGAAGAUUUAUUUUCCAAUAUAUCAAAUCAAGUUACUAAUCAACAUCAACAACCCCUGAGACAUAGCAAUUCGCCGACCCCAUUGGCGUUUACACCAACUUCGGUCUUGAGGAAAAUGACAGCAGAUAAGGAAACAACAUCGUUAUAUAGCAACAACAAUAACGCCAUCAACUAUCAGCAACAACAAUAUCAUCAGAAUUAUCAUCAAUUACCUACGUCGUUUACAAAAUGUUCAAAUGUACACAAUAUGAUGAAUGAUUCAUCAGUCAUUACAGCAGGUAUUAAUUUGCAGCCUAGAAUGAUUUUGGGCGGCAAUUACGCAAUCCAAAAUCAGAAUCAGUUGAAUAACCCACAAGUGUCGCCGAAAAUACUGCCGCAACAGAUGUCACAAUCUCGAGGUCAACAAACCUCGAAAUGGCCACCAGCAAGUAAAUCAUAUGGACGCCCAAUUCUUAAAGGAAAUAUGAAUUCUGCACUGACAGUGUCUUCAUUUAACAAUAUGCAACAACAAAUUAAUCAACAAAGACUUAAGUCCAUGCAACAAACAGAUGCAAUAAACUCUGAAAGUGUUCAAGGCAGUGGACCAUCGCCACAACAAAAUAUACAUAAUGACGGAAUCUCUCAGCAAAUACAGCAUCAACAUUAUUUACAACAGCAACAGCAGCAACAAUCUAGACUUAGAUUAAUGCAUGGAGAUCUACAUUGUCCAACUAAUAUACCAAUUAAGCCAUCGGCAUCCAUUAUAGGAGGUGGCACCGAUGAUAAAAGUUUGAUGAACAACCGGCUCAGCCCGUUGAACUACCACAGAGAUGACCACUUAUCGCCAACAGCAAAUCAAUUGUCACAAUGGUUUUCCCCGAAUUGCUAGCCAGAGCAUCUGCUGGUAAAUUACCACUCUUAAAUAUGAACCAAGCUCUUAGUCUGGAAGAAUUUGAGCGAAAUAUACAACAUUCCUCAGCUACAGUGCUGAAUUGAAGAACCCUAAGAUACAAGUCCAGCUAAAAAUAAAAUCAUUAAAUUAAUCAAUUAGCCGAAAUGAAUAGUGAAUUAUGUAAACAGCAAUUUCUUUGUUUCAUAAGUUUUUCCGUUCAUAUAUUGCAUUAGUUACCAGCAAAAAUGAUGUGUAUGAGUACAUUUUUCAAUACAUUAAUAAUUUGAUAAUACAUUUUAUAUAUUUGAACUCGAUUUUUCUAUUAAAUAUAUUAAUAUUAUAAAUAUAUAAUUAACUAUAAUAUUUAAAAAUAAAA